UAGGUACCAGUGACCCCGGCCAGGAAGGUUCUGAGCGCUUGGCAACAUGGCUUCCCCGCCCCACCAGCAGCUGCUGCAGCACCACAGCACCGAGGUGAGUUGUGACUCCAGCGGAGACAGCAACAGCGUGAGGGUCAAAAUCAACCCCAAGCAGCUGUCCUCCAACAGCCACCCCAAGCACUGCAAGUACAGCAUCUCCUCCAGCUGCAGCAGCUCUGGGGACUCAGGGGGCGUCCCCCGGAGAGUGGGCGUUGGAGGCCGCCUGCGCAGGCAGAAGAAGCUGCCCCAGCUGUUCGAGAGGGCCUCCAGCCGGUGGUGGGACCCCAAGUUCGACUCGGUGAACCUGGAGGAGGCUUGCAUGGAGCGCUGCUUUCCGCAGACCCAGCGCCGCUUCCGGUAUGCGCUUUUCUACAUCGGCUUCGCCUGCCUUCUGUGGAGCAUCUAUUUUGGGGUCCACAUGCGGUCCAGACUGAUUGUCAUGGUAGCCCCAGCUCUGUGCAUCCUCGUAGUGUGUGUGGGCUUUUUUCUGUUUACCUUCACUAAGCUGUAUGCCCGUCAUUACGUGUGGACCUCUCUGGUUCUCACCCUCCUGGUGUUCGCCCUGACCCUGGCCGCCCAGUUUCAGGUUUUGACGCCUCUCUCAGGACGUCUUGACAGCUCCAAUCAUACCCUGGCAGCCAAGCCCACAGACACUUGCUUAUCUCAAGUGGGGAGCUUUUCCAUGUGCAUCGAAGUGCUCUUUUUGCUCUACACUGUCAUGCACUUACCUUUGUACUUGAGCUUGUUUCUGGGAGUGGCCUAUUCUGUUCUCUUUGAGACCUUUGGCUAUCAUUUCCGAGACAAAGACUGCUUUCCCCCACCUGGAGCAGGGGCGCCACCCUGGGAGCUGCUGAACCGAGCCCUGCUCCAUGUCUGCAUCCACGCCAUUGGGAUCCACCUAUUUAUCAUGUCCCAGGUGAGAUCUAGGAGCACCUUUCUCAAGGUGGGACAGUCAAUUAUGCACGGAAAGGAUCUGGAAGUGGAAAAAGCCCUGAAAGAGAGGAUGAUUCAUUCUGUGAUGCCAAGAAUCAUAGCUGAUGACCUGAUGAAACAGGGGGAUGAGGAGAGUGAGAAUUCGGUCAAAAGACAUGCCACCUCGAGCCCCAAGAACAGGAAGAAAAAGUCUUCCAUACAGAAAGCCCCUAUAGCAUUCCGCCCUUUCAAAAUGCAGCAGAUCGAAGAAGUCAGUAUUUUAUUUGCAGAUAUCGUGGGCUUCACCAAGAUGAGUGCCAAUAAAUCUGCUCACGCGUUGGUGGGUCUCCUCAAUGAUCUGUUUGGUCGCUUCGACCGGCUGUGUGAAGAGACCAAGUGUGAGAAAAUCAGUACCCUGGGAGACUGCUACUAUUGUGUGGCGGGGUGUCCAGAGCCCCGGGCUGACCAUGCUUACUGCUGCAUUGAGAUGGGCUUGGGCAUGAUCAGAGCUAUUGAGCAGUUCUGCCAGGAGAAGAAAGAGAUGGUGAAUAUGCGUGUCGGGGUUCACACGGGGACCGUCCUCUGUGGCAUCUUGGGCAUGAGGAGGUUCAAAUUCGAUGUGUGGUCCAAUGAUGUGAACUUGGCCAAUCUCAUGGAGCAGCUGGGAGUGGCGGGCAAGGUUCACAUUUCUGAGGCCACAGCAAAAUACUUAGAUGAUCGGUACGAAAUGGAAGAUGGGAAAGUUACUGAACGCCUUGGCCAGAGUGUUGUUGCUGAUCAGUUGAAAGGUUUGAAGACAUACCUGAUAGCGGGUCAGAGAGCGAAGGAGUCUCAUUGCAGCUGUUCAGAGGCCUUGCUUUCUGGCUUUGAGGUCAUUGACGGCUCACGGGUGUCCUCGGGUCCUAGGGGACAGGGGACAGCAUCACCAGGGAGUGUCAGUGACUUGGCGCAGACUGUCAAAACCUUUGAUAACCUUAAGACCUGUCCUUCAUGCGGCAUCAUGUUGGCCCCCAAAUCGGAAGCUGGUGUAGAAGGAGGAGCGGUCCAAAAUGGCUGUCAAGAGGAACAUAAAAACAGCACUAAGGCUCCUGGAGCACCGAAUUCCAAAACUCAGAACGGACUUCUGAGCCCUCCCCAAGAGGAGAAGCUCACCAACAGUCAGACCUCCCUGUGUGAGAUCUUACAGGAAAAGGGAAGGUGGGCAGGAGUGAGCUUGGACCAGUCAGCUCUCCUUCCGCUGAGAUUCAAGAACAUCCGGGAGAAAACAGAUGCUCAUUUUGUUGAUGUUAUCAAAGAAGACAGCCUGAUGAAAGAUUAUUUUUUCAAGCCACCUAUCAAUCAGUUCAGCUUGAACUUCCUGGAUCAGGAGCUAGAGCGAUCCUACAGGACCAGCUAUCAAGAAGAGGUUAUAAAGAAUUCUCCUGUGAAGACUUUUGCCAGUGCCACCUUCAGCUCCCUCCUGGAUGUGUUUCUGUCAACAACAGUGUUUCUGAUUCUCUCCAUCACCUGCUUCCUGAAGUACGGGGCUGCCACCAUGCCUCCCCCACCUGCCGCCUUGGCAGUCUUCAGCGCCGCCCUGCUGCUGGAGGUGCUGUCCCUCGUGGUCUCCAUCAGGAUGGUGUUUUUCCUGGAGGAUGUGAUGGCUUGUACGAAGCGCCUGCUGGAGUGGAUAGCCGGCUGGCUCCCGCGCCAUUUCAUUGGAGCCAUCCUGGUGUCACUCCCUGCUCUUGCAGUCUAUUCACACAUCACCUCUGAAUUUGAGACAAACAUACACUUCACCGUGUUCAUGGGCUCAGCCGUCCUGAUCACUGUCGUGCACUACUGUAACUUCUGCCAGCUCAGCUCCUGGAUGAGGUCCUCCUUAGCCACCAUCGCUGGGGCUGGGCCCCUGCUGCUGCUCUAUGUCUCCCUGUGCCCUGACAGUUCCAUAGUAAUUUCACACCUUGAUGCAGGACGGAAUUUCAGUUCCGAGGGGAAUCCGUGCAAUAGUUCCUUGCCGCGUGAUGGCAGAACAGCCAGCCUGAUUGGCCAGGAAGUGAUUCUUGUCUUCUUCCUCCUGCUCUUGUUGGUCUGGUUCCUGAAUCGAGAAUUUGAGGUCAGCUACCGCCUGCACUACCACGGGGAUGUGGAGGCGGACCUUCACCGCACCAAGAUCCAGAGCAUGAGGGACCAAGCCGACUGGCUGCUGAGAAACAUCAUCCCCUACCACGUGGCUGAGCAGCUGAAGGUCUCCCAGACCUACUCCAAGAACCACGACAGCGGAGGCGUCAUUUUCGCCAGCAUCGUCAACUUCAGUGAGUUCUACGAGGAGAACUAUGAGGGGGGCAAGGAAUGCUACCGGGUCCUCAACGAGCUCAUCGGGGACUUCGACGAGCUCCUGAGCAGGCCAGGCUACAGUAGCAUCGAGAAGAUCAAGACCAUCGGGGCCACGUACAUGGCUGCAUCGGGGCUGAACGGCGUCCAGUGCCAGGAUGGCAGCCACCCGCAGGAGCACCUGCAGGUCCUGUUUGAGUUCGCCAAGGAGAUGAUGCGCGUGGUGGACGACUUCAACAGCAACAUGCUGUGGUUCAACUUUAAACUCAGGGUCGGCUUUAACCAUGGGCCGCUCACGGCGGGGGUCAUCGGCACCACCAAGCUGCUGUAUGACAUCUGGGGCGACACUGUCAACAUUGCCAGCAGGAUGGACAGCACGGGGGUGGAGUGCCGCAUCCAGGUGAGCGAGGAGAGCUACCGCGUCCUGAGCAAGAUGGGCUACGACUUCGACUACCGGGGGACAGUGAACGUGAAGGGCAAGGGCCAGAUGAAGACCUACCUAUACCCAAAGUGCAUGGACAGUGGGGCUGUACCACAGCACCAGCUGUCCAUCUCCCCGGACAUCCGAGUCCAGGUGGACGGCAGCAUCGGGCGGUCUCCCACGGACGAGAUCGCCAACCUGGUGCCUUCUGUACAGAACGCGGACAAGGCGUCUCUGGGUUCCGAAAACAGCGUGCAGGCCAAGGACACUCACCUGUCCUUGAAGAGGCUAUGGAAAGAGCCCCUCAAGGCUGAAGAAAGGUGUCGAUUUGGCAAAGCCAUAGAGAAAAGUGACUGUGAAGAAGUGGGCAUGGAAGAAGCCAGUGAGCUCACCAGGCUCAAUGUUUCCAAGAGCGUGUGACGCAGCGCCCGUCGCUGCCACGGUGCUCUGCUCCUCGAAACACAAUCAUGUUUGUACUUGCCUGUUGUGCGUCCCGAGCACCACAGCCUCCAUCGCUGGAUGUGGCGCUGCGUGGUCAUUGCCCUGACGUCUUUGUGCGCCACACACAUCCGUCUCUUUGCUUUUUGUCCCCCGGAGCCCUGUCCCCUGGGUGUGAGUGUCAGCAGCAUGGAGAACAAGUGCCUUCAGGGGUGGCCCGGCCUCGCGUUUGGGAACAUAGGCCGCCUGUGGAGAUCGCGGCAUUGGGUAUUGCUGGACUUUUUAAACGAAGCUGUGGUUAAGAUAUCAUUUUUAUUGCUUUUUCUCACAAGACACUUUGGGUUUUUGUUUUGUUUUUGCUCGUACAAUGUUUUUGCAGGUUUUUUCUUUUCUGUAUACAUACUAGUGUUUUCCGGUGACCUGACCUUUCUAUGUAAACACAUACACGCACACACACUUUCAUUUAUGAAUCUGAGAUCAAGUGCCAGUAACUCACUGUGAGGGGAGGUGGGGGGGGGCGUGGGCUGCGAACAGCCCCCAGACAGGGUGGCCCGCGCCCUCCCAACCUGCACCUUCCAGAGCACCCAGGCCCUCAGGGGCUGUGGGGCAUUAGGGCUUCCUCCCUGUGCAGGCCAAGAUUGCAAAUGCUAACCAGUAGCAGAGCUUGUGAACCCAGGCCUCAGGUAUUUAAAAGCCGUGUUUCAUUCUGCCCCAGACACCAAGG